ACAGGAAGGGUAAAUUCUAGAAAUCAAACCAGAGGAGGAUUCGACAACGACGACGCUGCACUGCAAAUCCCUACCUCCGAUACUCCUCCGCAUAUUGAUUUCCAGCCAUGUCUUGGUGCACAAUUGAGUCUGAUCCUGGUGUUUUUACGGAACUUAUUCAGCAGAUGCAAGUAAAAGGUGUGCAGGUGGAGGAGCUGUAUUCUUUGGACCUUGAUUCUCUGAAUAAUCUUAGGCCUGUAUAUGGGUUGAUUUUUCUUUUCAAAUGGCGUCCAGGGGAAAAGGAUGACCGUGUUGUAAUCAAGGAUCCAAACCCUAACUUGUUCUUUGCCAGCCAGGUGAUCAAUAAUGCUUGUGCAACCCAAGCAAUAUUGUCUAUCCUCAUGAACUGUCUGGAUAUUGACAUUGGCCCCGAGUUGUCAAAGUUGAAAGAAUUCACCAAGACUUUUCCACCUGAACUCAAAGGUUUGGCAAUCAAUAAUAGUGAAGCGAUACGCACAGCCCACAAUAGUUUUGCAAGGCCUGAGCCUUUUGUUCCAGAGGAGCAGAAGUCUGCAGGCAAAGAUGAUGAUGUCUACCAUUUUAUAAGCUAUUUACCUGUUGAUGGGAUUCUGUAUGAACUGGAUGGACUGAAGGAAGGACCCAUCAGCCUUGGUCAGUGCUCUGGUGGGCAAGGUGACAUGGAUUGGCUGUCAAUGGUGCAACCAGUGAUCCAGGAACGCAUUGAAAGGUAUUCCCAAAAUGAGAUAAGGUUCAAUCUAAUGGCAGUCAUCAAGAACAGGAAAGAGAUGUAUACUGCAGAACUGAAGGAGCUCCAAAAGAGGAGGGAGCGUAUCUUGCAGCAACUGGCCGCCUUACAACCAGAGAGACUGGUGGGCAAUAGUAAUGUUGAAGCGCUAAACAAAUCUCUCUCAGAAGUGAAUGCUGGAAUAGAAGCCGCUACCGAGAAGAUCUUAGUGGAGGAGGAAAAGUACAAGAAAUGGAGAACCGAAAAUAUCCGUAGAAAGCACAAUUAUAUACCUUUUCUGUUCAACUUCCUCAAGAUUCUUGCUGAAAAGAAGCAGUUGAAGCCCCUAAUCGAGAAGGCGAAGCAGAAAACUAACAGCACUAGAUGAUUUCUUGUUAAUUGUAACAACUGUGCUUGUAUUUCGACUUUAACUACAUCAGAGAUUUUAUUGUUAUUGUUAUUUUUUUUUUUUUCAUGUCUUGAGACACAUGAAUUUCUUUUAAGGUAUAUCUGCUCCCAUAUUCACUUGCUUU